ACCCUUUCCUCCUCGCGAUCGUCCACCCCACCUAACCUCUUCCUAAACUCUUCCUACCCUCUUCCAGUAGAGUUCCCGCAGAUCACCAGCUCCUGCGGAACUGAAUAUUGAUAUCGAAUGAUAACGAUGAGGAUAAGGACAAAGACAAGGCUGGCUGGCAGGAACGUCGGGGCGCCCGCCGCGGCGCGAUCCAUCCAUUCACCCGGGCCUGGGGAAAUUGUACCCAUUCAUUCAUUCGUCUACCGUCCGUUCCGGCGCGGGCCAAACGCUCCACCGCCGUGCCCGCCGAACGAAUGUCUGGAUCGAAUGCACCAACGGUGCUUUGCACUUGGCGUGCACGAGCUCCGGGACUUCCUCGUGGCCUGCCUUGAUCCAUCUGUGAUACAUCCAUCAUUCAUUCGUCCACCGUGCGUCCUUUCCGGCGCGGGUCAAACGCUCCACCGUUCGUGCCCACCGAACGGAUCCCUGGAACGAACGAACGAACGAACGAACGAACGAAUGGACUUGGCCCGUACGGUGGCACGAGUUCCGGGGCUUCCCGUGCCCCGCUUCUCCCCAGCUUGCCGCCUGCACACGCGCGCGCGCGCGACCGUAUGCCAUGCCCUGGUGACCGUCUCAAAUCCAACUCAAUCGCGAUCGCACACACGCACGGCCGCCCUCACGCAGCGUAUGCCUAAUACUCUAAUCCUGGCGCCCUGGCUGCGAACGAGACGGGCGCGUGAGACGCGGACCUCCGAGUCCGUGGCUCGAUGUGAAGCGUGAAGCGUGAAGAGGGUGCAACACACCGUGCGCUCUGGCAAGGAUCACGCUUAGGCCCGCGUCGUGUCAUCUCCGUCCGGAUGAGAAGGCGGCUUCGAGUGGCCACCCUGCACUUAGGACCUUCCUGACUGCCUCCCCGGCAUCGAUCGAGGUCGGAGGCAUCCGUCAGCUCGAUGUGAAGAGGGAGGGU